AUGGUUUGCAUUCUGGGAAUCGAGAGCUCAGCCAACAAAAUUGGUGUGGGCAUAAUUAGAGAUGGGGAAACCUUAAGUAACCCAAGAAGAACAUUCAAUGCACCUCCAGGAGAAGGGUUUCGGCCAACGGAAACGGCUGUCCACCACCGUUCUGUAGCUCACAUUCUUGUUCAGGAGGCUUUGGGUCAGGCAAAGAUUAAGGUAUGUUUUUUGAUUAUUCUUUUCGUUUUAGGAAAACUUAAACGUGAAGUUGUAGUGUGUGAUACCAGUAAUAGUGAGGCUGAGGAUUUACAUGAUAUUGUUUAUCUUUAGGACCCGGUGAAAGAACUAGAUGCCAUUGCCUACACCAGAGGACCAGGAAUGGGAGCUCCACUACAAGUUGGUUGUAUAACAGCUAGGACAUUGGCUCAGCUUUGGGACAAGCCUAUCAUACCGGUAAAUCAUUGUGUUGGCCAUAUUGAGAUGGGAAGAUUGGUGACUGGGGCCGAGAAUCCAGUGAUACUGUAUGUUAGUGGAGGCAACACUCAAGUCAUAUCAUAUCUGAAUCAAUGUUACUCUAUCUUUGGAGAAACUUUGGAUGUGGCGGUCGGAAAUUGCCUCGACAGGUUUGCUAGAGUUUUAAAAUUGUCGAAUGAUCCUAGUCCUGGUUAUAACAUCGAACAGAUGGCCAAGAAAGGAACGAAGCUGGCUGAUCUGCCUUACACUGUGAAAGGAAUGGACAUAUCUAUGAGUGGAAUAUUGUCUAGCAUUGAGAAGAACACUCCCAAAUGGCUGGCUGAGGGGAAAUACACUCCUGAAGAUUUGUGUUUCACUUUGCAGGUAUGUGGUUGUACAUAAUUUUAGACAUUUAUUUAAUUAUAGUUUUUUUAUAGUGGUGUAAGGUAAUAUUUUUUCAAUUGCCAUUUUCAGGAAACGAUCUUCUGUAUGUUAGUGGAGAUCACGGAACGAGCUAUGGCUCAGAAUAAUGCGAGUGAAGUCUUGAUUGUUGGAGGUGUUGGAUGUAACGAGCGACUGCAAGAGAUGAUGAGGAUCAUGUGUGAAGAACGAGGAGCCAAGUUGUUUGCGACAGAUGAGAGGUUCUGUAUAGAUAAUGGAGCCAUGAUAGCUCAAGCCGGUUACGAGAUGUUUAAGUUCAAGCAGUUCACACCUGUAGAAGACUGUACCUACACUCAGAGGUACAGAACUGACCAGGUGAAGGUGUUGUGGAGGGAUUAAGGUUGUUUAUUGUUGAUGAUUGUUGAGUUUGAAUAAAUUUUGAUUUAUAUUUAUGGAAUUUGAAGUUUGUUUUCAGUUCUUACUGUAUAUAUCACAAUAUAUAAUAGUAAAAUGUAAGAUUAAGAGUAUUUUGUUCAGGUUAUAAUGCCAUACACAGUUGUACAAGGGUUCGAAGCCUUGAACAAGCACGUCAAUGACUGUAUGAAGGAAAAGGUGAUCGUGUACUUCAGAGGAGCUAAAGUAGAUGGUUCUAAUUGGUGUCCGGAUUGUAGGAAGUGUAAGUUUACACUGUUUUAACAACAAUAACAUGCAUUGUAGCUGACGACAAUGUUGAGAAUACAUUGAAAGAAAUCAGCGGAUCUUUUGAGGCUGUGGUGUGCGAUGUUGGUGGUCGUGAUUAGUAAGUUUUAUUUUUGUGCUGAUGAUUAAUAUUAAUUUACAUGUAACCUGGGUCAAGUUUAUACGAUUGUUAUUCUUUACUUUCAGCUGGAAAGACAACUCAAAUCCUUUCAAAGCUCAGUUGAAGAUCACAGGAAUACCAACUUUGUACAACUGGCUCACAAUGGCCAAAAUAACUGACGAAAAAGAAUUGGCUAAAAAAGAAGUGGUUCAGGCCUUCUGCAGUUAA